CCCAGUGUGAUGCACUACACAAAAAUAUUUUCUCCUUAAAAUUACAAAUUCGGACAUAAGGGAAUUUAAAAAGGAUCGACACAAAAGAGAGACUGCGUGAAUUGUGAUGCUAUCACUCUCCACUCUCUUUAAUUUUUUUUUUUUUUCCCCAAAAGUCCUCUCUUUCUCUCUAUAUCACUGCUACCGCCGACUUCGUAACGGUUAGCCGUCGUAUUUCCGCUUAUUUUACCGUUCGCCGGCGAUCCUCCUCAGAAACGCAUCUGUUAUUUCCUUGAAAUCCUCUAAACACUCGCUUCCGUGCUUUAGAUUAACUCUCACUUCCGAUUUUGUUAAAGCCGUUUGUUGUUUGCCUCGUUUUAUUGAAAAUACUCUUUAAAAGGUUUUAUGUUGUUUUCAUUUCCAGUAUCUGAUAAUCCUUACUCGACUAGGUUUAAGAGUGUUUUCAUUAUCAGAAGUGUUUUCUUUCAUCAAAAAGUAAACAAAAUGAUUGGAUCCUUUCUUACCAGAGGACUUGUGAUGGCUUUUGGGUAUGCUUAUCCUGCAUAUGAAUGUUAUAAAACUGUUGAAAUGAAUAAGCCUGAGAUUGAGCAACUGCGCUUUUGGUGCCAGUACUGGAUAUUGGUGGCUGUUUUGACAGUUUGUGAGAGAAUUGGUGAUGCUUUUAUAUCAUGGGUUCCAAUGUACAGUGAAGCUAAGUUGGCAUUCUUUAUAUACCUAUGGUACCCUAAAACAAAGGGAACUUCUUAUGUGUAUGACUCCUUCUUUAGGCCAUAUGUUGCAAAGCAUGAAAAUGAGAUUGACCGUAACUUGUUGGAACUAAGGACUAGAGCUGGAGAUAUGGCAGUUGUUUACUGGCAAAGAGCUGCAAGCUAUGGGCAGACAAGAAUUUUUGAGAUCCUGCAGUAUGUUGCUUCACAGUCCACCCCAAGACCUCAGCGUGCUCAGAAUUCUCAGUCACAUGGUGCUAUGGCUCGCCAACAGUCCAGUGUGCCGAACCGGCAAUCAUCUAGUGAAGCACCAGCAUCACAACCAGAGGCUGAAGAACCGCCUUCACCGACAUCUAGUACAUCUUCAAGUCAACACCAAAAGGAAGAAGCUGAAGAGGUAGGACCUUCAAAGGUGCCUUCACAGGUGGCUAAACCAGCUACCCCUUCAGCAUCCUCAAAUAGCCAAAAAGCAGAUACUGCAUCCGAAAGUACCAGCCACCCUGCUGAAACUGAAGCAGAAGCAAUGCAAAUUGAACCAGUGCCACCUUCUCCAGGGAAUGAAAGCACAAACCCUCCCCCAAAAGAGACUAUCAUGGAAGAAAGCAUACGACUCACGCGUGGCAGAUUGAGGAAAACCCGUUCUGCAGCACGUUAAAAAUAAUUGUUUUGGUUCCUUUUCUUUUUAAUCUACAGAACUUGCACUUAAAUCAGUGGUUGUAUAAUGGUAUUGAAUCAUUGUUGUUGACACUGAUGUAAAUUUCUCGUCUUCUAGUUUCCAUUUCAUUUGUUACUUUAUUAU